CAUAUGUCAAACGUGUCUUUUUUUUUGUUUAUGUUUCAUUUUAAAUUUUAAAGGGCCGCUAUUCUCGGAGCUUGAAAGGAUUUUAAUUUUUUCGAAGUUACUAAUAGAAAUUUUAUUUUUUCCAAAAAGUGAAGCCACCCUUAUCGAAUUCUUUAAAAUGAAUAUUCAAACACUUCAUACUGUAGACACAGAAUAUUCAGCUGAUUCAGUUGAAUGGUGCUUGCAUCCAAAUUUUUCAGAAUAUUUUGCAUGUGGCACUUAUCAAUUGGAUGACGUAGAUAAUAAUACAUCUUCUCAGGCACCAUGUCGUCGUAAAGGUAGAAUUUAUUUAUUUAAAUACGAAUUAAAGAACAACAUUUUGAAGGAAGAAUUCCGCUUGGAAACGGCUGCAAUACUAGACAUGAAAUGGUUAAAUUAUCAUAGAGAAGAGUUCCCAAUUUUAGGUGCCGCGAAUGCUUUGGGUGAAAUUCAUAUCUAUAAUAUUCAAGAUAAUAAGCUUGUAUUGAAAAGUAGCAUUCAAUUGAAUUCAAAUGAUGAUAAUUUAUUGGCAUUGUCAUUAGAAUGGUCACCAAAUGUUAAUAAUGAGCUUAAUAAUUACAAACUUAUAACAUCAGAUUCUAAAGGUUGUGUAUCUCUUUUAAAUUAUGAUGGUGUACAAUUAAUCAAAUUAAAAACUUGGUCAGCACAUAAUUUUGAAGCAUGGACAUGCAGUUUUGAUAAAUGGAAUUUUAAUCGUAUUUUUACUGGUGGCGAUGAUACAACACUAAACUCAUUUGAUAUUCGUGAUCCACAAAAUAUAACUAAUAACUAUACAAAUUAUUCGCAUAUUGCUGGAGUUACUGCUAUGUUGAGUCAUCCUAAAAUGGAGAAUAUAUUGAUAACUGGAAGUUAUGAUGAUCGUUUAAGAAUAUUUGAUACAAGAAAUUUAAAAAAUUCAGUUAAAGAAGUUAAUUUAGAAGGUGGUAUUUGGAGAAUUCGUUCUGAUCCAAUUACUCACAAUCAGAAUUUAUUAUUAUGUGCUUGCAUGUAUAAAAAUUUUACAAUAGUAAAAAUAUUUGAUGAUUCCCAGAACAUGGAAAUAAAAGGUGCUUAUGAGGAACAUGAAAGUAUUUGCUAUGGUGCAGAUUGGUGUCAAACAUUCGAGGAAAAUGAAAAAUUAAAUAAUUUAAUUAUGGGAACAUGUUCUUUUUAUGAUCAUAAACUUUGUGUAUCAAAGAUAAUUAAUAAUUCUGAAUAAUUACAAGAACAUUAUAAUUUCAUAAAAGGUGUCAAAU